AUGUGGGAUGAAAUAGCAAAAUCGACUUUUCUCGACGACGUUCUGAAUUACACCGGCACCAGCCCCUACUGCUUAGCACCAGCAAUCACCGUUGAUCUUCCCCUCUUCGAAGAUAGAUGGACAAUUCCGCAUACGAACGGACAGUCAGACACAUAUAUACAGCCAUACACUUACACGAAUUUCGCUUUGGGUAUUACUACGAACUACAGCUACAGGCUAUUACGGAUCAACUAA